CUGAGACCACCAUGGCCAAGAAAAUGGAUAUGUCUUUGGAUGACAUCAUUAAGCUGAACCGGAGCCAGCAAGGCAGUCGCGGCAAAGGCCAGGACUGGAGCAGUGCCAGCUACCAGAGCCGCCAUGGUGGUGACAUGCAGGCCCCAGUGUGGGGGAAUCAACGCAGCAGGUCUCUGAGGAACAGGCCUACCAUGAGUGGUGGCUCUGCAGGAGGAGGCAGGAACCAGCUGGUUCCCUACAGCAGGCCUAAACAACUUUCCAACAAGUGGCAGCAUGACCUAUUCGACAGCCAUUUCUGUGGUGGAGCCAGCAUGGAGAUGGGCAGAAAGCUGUUGGUGUCAAACCUUGACUGCGGGGUGUCAGACGCGGAAAUUCAGGAACUCUUCUCAGAGUUUGGAACACUGAAGACAGGAGCUGAGCACUAUGAUCUCUCUGGACAACGUUUAGGGACAGCACAUGUGCACUUUCAACAGAAGGCAGAUGCCCUGAAGGCUAUGAAACAGUACAAUGGUGUCCCUUUAGAUGGCCCCGCCAUGAACAUUCAGCUUGUCACAUCACAGACUGACUCACAAAGAAAACCCGCACAAAGAAUGAACAGAGGUGCCAUGAGGAGAAACCAUGGCUCAGGGUGUUUUGGUGGUGGCCUCAUCCGGAGAGGGACCUGUGGAGGCAGCAUUGGAAGAGGUAGAGGUACAAGCAGGAACUCAAAGCAGCAUCUUUCUCCUGAGCAGUUGGAUGCAUAGCUGGAUGAGUACAAUGCACAGAUGGACACCAGUUAAACAGCUGGGCAAAUCCACAGAAGUGACAGGACCCAGAAGCUUCGUCCAUAAUCCCUAGAGGGAGGGUUGGCAACUGGACUGUGCAGACAAUGGUGGAUUUCUUUUUUGUUUGUCUCUUUCUCUUUUUUCCCGAUGUUCAAAUGGGAUCUAAAAACUCAUGUAAAGCCUUCUAUUUCUCUUUUUUUAAAUUCUGAAACACACCUGUUUUGUACCGAGUUAUUUUGACGAUCAGUUUUACUGGAUACUGUUGUGGAGAAGGUGGCAUGUUCACCUUUGCCAUAAUAAACUAGAAUUGUGUGUAGGAA